AUGAGACUCUUCACUUGGCCGUCGUAUCGACCACGCCUGGCUGCGAACGAGGACGGCGACCGGGGCCGUUUGGUUGCUGACCGGUAUGGGCCUAGGUCAGGGGUGGCCGCUCCCUGUUUAGCGCAGCCACUCAUGAUCAGCCUCAUGGACAAACAACGGGGUCGUACGGAUCGUACCGACUCCGCGCUCUCGGGUGAAGGCAAACAAAACCGCGCAGCACCCUGGGAUGCAACUGAUGUGCUGUCUGAGACUCGAAACAAAUCUCUGCAGUGGCAACUUUUUCCCGCAACAAUCAACGUUGAAGACAGACUUCUGACUCCCGAAUACUCCUUGCCAUGCGGUCUCAUCCAUCCUCCGCCACCGUGGGAAGACAUUCCAAAACUGUUCGAUGCCCUAGCACCGCCUCAACUCGCCACCGCCGACAGCCUCUACGUGUACAGGGAAGCAGGUUCCGGAUCCGAAAGAGCAGGACAGGUCACGGCCGGAGAUGAUGAAGAGUACAUUCCUCUACCUCUCUACACCCAAAUCCGCGGCCCAUCGUAUCAGUCUUGGCAAAGCCCGGCCGACUACCGCAAGCCGCUAGCUGAUGGAGCGAUGGCAUUGGUGACCUUCAUUCUCCCCGCUUAA